AUGGGGAUCUCGACAUCAAGCAUUCACUACCCAAGGGACUCGGAGGAUGGAUUUGAGGCCCUCAGAAUCCUCCAAAAGAAGCUACCGGCUGAACUCGCCCUCCAGAUCCUAGACUGUGCCCAGUACUGGGUCCUUUCUCAGGUGUCCAUGGAGCGAGCAAUUAGUUACCAAGAGCACGAUUGCCGCGACAGGGCACCUUACCUGGUCUCAGAUCCCAUUCAAGGCGGACGAUCACCUGUUCGAGAAAUUCGAAUCGACAUUUGGAGCCAUGACCAAGGGUGGAGCAGUUAUACUGAAGACCAUGGCACAUACCGAAAUUCCUGGACAUGGUUCGAGAUGGGGAUUAUAAGAGCUCCUGGCACAGAAGGUGUCUCGGAAGACUUCAACAUUCGCUUGGCCACCAAUAUGCAUGCAAGCAGAGUGACACAGAAUCAUCAAAAGGUGUAUCGCGCAGAUGAUGAUCUGCCCUGGAUGCGAAGCCUUCAGGCUGGGGAUCGGAUUUCGAUCAUUCCGAGAGCGCUUUAUCCUGGGUGGCAGAAUUUUGUGGAAAAGGCCUUUAUUGAAAUAUAUACCGAUCCUUUGGGUUGA